AUGAAGUUCUUUUCUCAGCUGUUAGUUCUGGGUCUGGCAGCGGAGGUCACGGUAGCUGGUAGCUGGUUCAGCAAUGCUGUCUACAACAAAUGGCACGAGACCGAGCUUGAGAGAUGGCUUUCAGAUAAUAACGUUCCAUAUCCAACAACUGCCGAUCGUAAAGAUUUGGAAAGCUUGGUGAAGGAGAACUGGCAAUCAAAGGUUGCAUCACCAUACAACGAUUGGGAUACCAAACAACUCAACUCUUAUUUGAAACAAAAGGGUGUUGAAACUAAGGAUAGUGCUGCGAGCAAUAAGGAUGGCUUAGUUUCCCAAGUCAAGGCUUACUGGUACGAGGCGGAAGACAAGGCAGAAGAUGCUUGGUCGAACGUUAGAGAUUGGGUCUUUGAUAGCUGGACUGAUUCUCAACUUUUGGCAUUCGCUGAUAGACAUAACAUCCCCGUUCCACACCCAAGAAAAAGAGAUACUCUUCUCCAAAAGAUUCGUUCAAACUACGACUCUAUUGCAAAGAAGGCUGGCGAAACCGCUGCCUACCCCGGUAACUGGCUUUACGAGUCUUGGUCCGAGUCCGAACUAAAGGAAUUUCUCGAUACCCAUGGUAUUCCAGCACCUCAACCAUCCACUCGUGAUAAGUUAAUCGCUAGUGUACGUCGUAAUGCCCGGGUUGCCAGUCUCAAAACUGCCGAUAUUCAAGCCUCUGCCUCUUCCUCAGCUUCUGCUGCCACCGAGACAUUGAGCGAGAAACUUCUCAACGCCUGGUCUGAUACCCAAAUCAAGGAGUGGGCCGAUAAGAAUGGUAUCAAGGUUCCUCAAGGAAGUAAGAGAAAUGAAUUGUUGGCUAUCGCACGCAAACACAGGGCCCAACUUGUUGGAGAUACUGCUGCAGCUUCCGCUAAGAGUUACGCUGGUAAGGCAAGCUCCUCUGGAGCUUCCGCUUUCGGUGCUGCCACUAGCUCUGCCGGAAACCAAUAUGCUAAGGCUACCGAUGAUGCCCAACUUAAGGCUGAAGAUGCUUUUAACGCCGCUAUUGGAUCAUGGAGCGAAUCUCGUCUCAAGGCCUAUCUUGACGCAAGAGGUGUUCCCGUUCCACAAUCAGGAAAGAAGGACGACAUCCUCGCUGCCGUUCGCUUACAAAAGCACAAGGCUGCUAGUGGGUGGUCAGCUUGGACUUUCGAUACCUGGACUUUGGAUAACUUAAAGGCUUACCUCGCAUCUUCCGGUGAUGCUGCUGCCAAAAAGGCAUCAGAGCAGGCUGGAGCUACUCGUGAUGAUCUUGUUCGCGCCGCUCAAGACUCAUAUGCAAUCGCUUCCAAGUCCAGUGGCCCUGCAUAUGCCAGCGUCACAUCUUAUCUCGCUCAACAAACUGACGCAGUUAAGGAUGCUACGUUUGAGACUUGGUCUGAUUCGGAUUUGAAGUCUUAUCUUGACAGCUAUGGUGUUCCCGUCCCACAAGGAAGCACUAAGAAUGAGCUCAUUGCUUAUGCCCGCAAUCAAGCCAAUUACUUUAGAUAUGGCACCACCACACCACAAGGUACCCUUUGGGCCAAACUCUCCAGCGGAGCACAGUGGAUUAUGGAUCAACUCUACAUCGGCGCCGCCUCAGGUCGCAAGCAAGCUGCCUAUCAAGGCGAGAAGGCUACCGAUGCUGUCAAGGAGAAAGCUACUUAUGCUUCUAACCGUGCCGGUGAGGCCGCACAGAAGGCUGGUCAUGUCAUCAAGGAGGAGUUGUAA